GGCUGAUGUUUAAAAGUUUGUUUACAAUGGAAAAGCCAUCAACAGUUGUAAUAGAAUGUCAUAGCAAAAUAAAAGCACUAUACACAAAUCAUAACCACAAAAUAACUUCUUAAAUGUAAGUUUUAUACAAUAUUGUUUAAAUUAUCUUCCCCAUCUUGAUGAUGAAUAACGAUUGAAAAAAAAGUGUUUUUACAAACGACUACUAAAUCAGAAAAUCUAAACUAAAACUACUAAAUAAACUAACUAACUAACACUUUGACUUUAAUUUACUUUAUUUUAUUAAACAUACUUAAACUAACACAUUCACUAACCCUGCCUGCCUAUAGACUUUAGCAUCUAGCCUCUAACUCAAAUCUAAACUCUAAUACCAAUAUCAGACUAAUGUACUAAUUCAGAUUACGGACUAAUAAAUUUAAACUUAAAUACUAGUGUAUACAUAUAGGCAUAUAGGGCAUAGGCGUGCUCUUUCAAAGUUGACUCUUUCUCUUUUUUGUUCUUACUUCGUCUAGAAUUAGUCUUAGAAAGUGUCUUGACUCUUACUCUUACUAGAUUAGUACGGUAAUAGCUUAGUUUACUGUUUAGUUUAGUCUUGUUACUGUUAGUGUUAAACUCUUAAACCUCUGCCCAAUCUCGGCAAGUUAAUCAAAAUUAUUCUAGCUAGUAGUAUGGCUUUAGGACUAGGUAAGGGUAGCAAGAUGAUUUUCAUAAUCAAAUUAUACUUUUUUUAAUUAAGGUUUUUAAAAUGCAGGUUUGGCUUGAUUUCAUUGUUGGGCUUCCGCUGAUUAAAUUUUUUGUCUUUACUUUAACUUAACUUAGAUCAUGAUUUAUGAUAGUUAUAUUAAUAAAGGUUAUAUAAAUAUAAAGUUACUGAAAAGAGCAAGAAAAGUAAUUGUUCAGAUUUUAGAGAUCGGAUUUAGAGAUAAUGAACUAAAAAACUUGUCACACAAUAUUUUUUAUGCACUUCGACAAUUAUUAUUGAUUAUUUGAUGCUAGACAAAUGUCAAUUCUACUUAGACUUAUACAUUUGUCUGUUUGAUCCUUUCUAGAUAUAGAAAUAACAGAUGUUCUGUUAAAAAUUCUAUAAAAAUAGUAUGGCAACUGCUUGUGCUAGUCACUGUGAAGCUACAAAUAUCAUGUCCACACUAUCCACUUAAGGUGGGCAGGGACUUUGUUUAAGGCAUGAUCCCACUUAUGUCAAGUGGAGUCUUUAAAUAUUGUUAGAUGGUUUGAUUCAAUUAGCUGUAUGUACAUUAUUUAAAUAUAUUAUAUCGUCUUAUCACUUGCUCCACCCAAUUUUAACCCCCAUUCCCCCUCCCACACACACGGUGACACAUUCUGGCAUCCGUCCGUCACAAUGUGAUGAUGGUGUAGAUUUUGCAGGACGAUAUCCACAAGGCCUUGGAUUAUUCUUCUAGGAUUAUAAGCUGGUUCCCAACAGCAAAUCACCUCUCGCCAUGCCCCUGGAUAACCCCAGGGGGUGGAAAAGGGGAUGAUUGGCACCAGUGGGGUCACAGGAGUUGACGGAAUGUUUCAUUGUACCAAUGUUAUCCGCCUAUGGGGCUCCAUCUACGGGUUUUGAAUUCAUAGUUUCCUUCUCUUAGAUGAGUUGCCUUCCAAGGUUAAUGAGUGCCAUCCACCCGGGGUGCUGGUGAUGUUUUUGCUUGACUGGGCUUGGUAAGGAUUAAACUCCAGACCAUCAACUUGAGAUUUGCUCAGUUUAAACCAUUCUGCCACCUAGCACCCUGACACAUUCUAACAAAUUAUAAACUUAGCUCAGUAGUAUUGCAGUAUAAUUAGUAAUGAGUAUACAAAUGAGAGAGAAUGAAACUCAUCAAAUUCCUUGUCUUAUUCAUCUCCAUAAAAAAUUAAUUUUAAGUUGUACUGCCGCUGUUGUUUGUUGAUGAUCAUCUUAUAUUACUCUUGUAUUCUUUUUAUUGAUUUUUAUGCAGAAACCAGUCAGAUAAUGUAUCCAGUUGACAAAUCUACUUCAAAGCAAGGUCAAACAUCCGAGAAUGGUAAUGUUAAGGUGAGUGAAAGUGAAAAGUUAAAUAAAGAAUAAAAUCUAGAAAAUAAUUCAAAUACAGUCGUCCAUCGCCACUUAGUGCUUCGAUUUUCCCAGCUUCACUCUAUCGCAGAUUUUUUCAAAUAUAGCAUGUAUUCAUUAAAAAGUUGAUCAAGAUGGUGCAAAUGAUAUAGCAUGCACUCAGUUGUCUGAGUCAAUUAUACACCUAUGUAUUACUAUUAAAAUUACCAUAAAUAUGGACUGUAGGCCUAUGCAGUAGAGCAUCCCUAGAGGGUCUAAUAAUGUUAAAAACCGUAUUUAGAGGGCUGUGACUUAUAAAUAAAGAAUCCUACUUUGCGGGUGUUCACUUACCGCAGUAGAGUCUGGAACGGAUUGACCGCGAUACACAGGUGACCUCUGUAGUUCAUUCCCACUGAGAAUGCACACAAUUCAGCCAAUGCUAUUUUUAUUGAUAAAAUACGGACUUAUAUCAUGAACCCUUUGGUUUAAAUUUAGGUUGUCAUUCGCAUCCGCCCUGUGAAUGAGGCAGAGAAUAAUGAAAAACAUCACACAGUCACUGAGGCCAUUAGUGAUCACAUGCUGGUCUUUGACCCUAAAAUCCAAAAUGCACCAGGCUUCUUGAAUACAAAUCAAAGGGACAUCAAUCGCAGACGAUUCAAAGACCUCAAGUACGCAUUUGACUACGUAUUUGGCCCUACAGCAACAAAUAAGUUUGUUUUUGAGCAGACGACCAAAGGCAUUGUAAGCGGGGUUCUCAAUGGAUACAACUGCAGUGGUAAGGAACAUUUUGAUUACAUUAGGCAUUUAUUGUUUCAAUGAACAGUAUUGUCACUAUAAAAUUGGGAAAUCCUUAACAUGCAAGUAUGAUUAAACCUAGCUACAACACAAUAAUUAUAGUCUGUAAUUUGGUAUCAUAUUAAGCCAAUGUUUUACAUUUAACUUUUUUCAUGAGAAAGCUUCAAAUCUGUGCAGUUAGCAUUGGAAUUUGUUUAAGUUAUGAAGAAAGCUGAUUUCAUGUAACAACAAUAACAAAUGUAACUAAAAGUAAAUCAACAUAUUGUAAAAAAAAAAAAAAAUGCAAACUAUAAUUGUUUUCAUUCAACCUCAAAAAUGGGCGAUCUGAUUAUCAUAUUACAUCUUUAGUUAUAUCCUAAUUACAUGCAUUAGUUAUAUGCAUUAUUAUGGAAUGAAUUCCAAUAAAAAAUUGUUCAGAACCAGGCAAAAUAUUUUCUUCAUCUUUUUAGAUAUUAAUAAUUCAACAAAGGCUUAUAUUCUUCAUACAGUGUUUGCGUAUGGAGCAACUGGUGCAGGCAAGACACACACCAUGCUUGGCAAUGAACGUGAACCUGGUGUCAUUUACCACACCAUGAUAGACUUGUACAAACGAAUCAAUGAACAAAAAGACGAAAAGAUGUUUGAUGUUGCAGUGUCUUACUCUGAGGUUUUUAAAUUGCUCUUUGUCAGUUAUAAAUUUCAUGUCAUUUCCCCAAGGAAUUUAAAGAGUUUUAUAAAUAAUAAAAUCGUUACUGUUAAAUAAUCAAAAUCACAGCAGUUGUAACAAUAUCUCACAUGUGUAUUGACAUAAGAAUUAAAAAAAAAAAAUUUCAAAACAAAAGUCAUGAAUUAUUUUUCCAGAUUUGCAAUAAAAAAUGAGUUAAAUCUUUCAGCUGCAAUAUAAUGCAUAGGUAUCCAAUGGCGAACCAUUUCUUUAUAUGUAAUGAAAAUUAGCAAAUUACUUUCAGGUAUACAAUGAACAAGUGCGAGAUUUGUUAAUGCCACGUGGAAAUCUCCCUAUUAGAGAAGACAAGAACGUAGGAGUUAUCAUAGCUGGACUGUCUCUACAUAAGGUGAGCUGAUGCAAUAUCAUAUCCAAACUAUCUCUUCGUAAGGUGAGCUCAUGCAAUAUAAUAGCCUGACUUUAUGUUUAAAAAUUUGACACCGUUAUUCCCAUACUUUUUAGUUAUGUAGGUUAAUAAAAAUAAAAAAAAAGCACCAAAUUACUUACAUGAUGUUGUCCAUGUUCACUUUAUCAGUUUUUGUUACUAACACUCACCUACAAUACACAAACAUGUGAUAUUAACUAACAGCAUCGAUUCACUUGAACCACCAGCCCAAGACUGCUGAAGAGUUGCUUCACAUGCUGCACUUCGGUAACAAGAAUAGAACCCAGCACCCUACCGAUGCUAAUGCAGAGUCCUCACGAUCUCAUGCAGUAUUUCAGGUUUCUCACUAUUUCAUUCUGUUAAAUAGUUUCAUUCAUUUUAGAAUACUAUCCACACAUGAGAAUUUUUUCAUUGAAAAUAUUAAUUUUUAACCCCUCUCAGUCAGCUAUACAUUUAAGUGCAAAUAUACUUCUUAGGAGGAUGUUUAUUUUUGUAAACAUCUUUUAUCUGGUUAUUGUUUGGGUUAAUGAGGUCAACAGAGACAUUCAUGAUCAUAAUAUUUGUAAGAUGCCUCCUUAAUUUAUGUAUAAAUGCAGAACAUUGAAAAUAUCUCAGGUUUUUGUGAAUCAAAGAGAAAAAUCCGCCAAUGUUAGCACAGAGGUGAAAAUGGCAAAAAUGUGUUUGGUCGACUUGGCGGGGUCAGAGAGAGCUAAUCACACCACCAACCGUGGGGACAGGUUCAGGGAAGGAGCCAACAUAAAUCGAUCACUGCUGGCACUAGGCAACGUCAUUAAUGCUCUGGCAGAUAAUAAGGUUGGUCUUUAAACUUUACACCACAUGAUUCUCUACAUUUCAAUUUAAUUUGUGUUAUUCAUAUCAAAUUUUGAUGUACCAUUGUACUAACUGAAAUCAUUUUUUUGCAUAAUCAAAAAACAAAACAAGAGAUUACAUAGGCCUUGCUUAUUAGUUUUUUAAAUUUAUAUGGAGCAUAUAAAUUAUAAGCAUACUUUUAUUUUCUUUCUCAAAGUUUAAAGGUCAUAUCCCCUACAGAGACAGCAAACUGACUAGACUGUUAAAGGAUUCCUUGGGUGGCAAUUGUCAGACUGUGAUGAUUGCUGCAGUUAGGUAAAGAACUGUGAAAUAAGAUUAUAUUCAUUAUAGGUUUAUACUCAUUUAACUGAUUUCAACCCCGUUCUACCAAUCAACUGUAUGAAGUGCAUCAAUGUAAUUUAGCCUCUUGAUUCAUGUCAUCAACUGAAAGUUUUUCAAGACAACAAAAACAGAAUAAAAUGUUCGUCUUUGACAGGCUUAAGGAUUUCUGUGCAGGUUAAAAUUAGUAUUCAACUUUUUCUUAGCCACACGCCGAUUAAAAUGUAAACAAAGGUAUCAAAUUUGAACUUGUUGCUAUUUAUUCUGGAGCUCAUCUUUUAUUAACCUCAAUUUGGAAUUUCAGCCCAUCCAGCCGGUCAUUUGAAGACACCUACAACACACUAAGAUACGCCGACAGGGCUAAACAUAUAAGAGCAGACGUAAGUUGCAAAUAGGUUCAUAUCGAUUUGUCAGAAAAUUAACACUGAUGUUAUUUGAACUAAGCUUAUAGUUACAUUAUCAUUUUUAUGGAGCUCAUAAACUGUUUUAAAUUGUUGAGCAAACCAAUCACCUAGGAUUAGUUGAUCACAAAGUAAUUGGGGUCAGGGUUAGUUCAUCACCAAAUAAUUUGGGUUAAGGUGAGUUGAUCACAAAGGAAUUUGGGAUUAGUUUAUCACUAAGUAAUUUGGGUACAAGGCAGCUGCAAUAUUUUAUUUAAAAAAAACACCAUUAUCUCCACUGAAUAGCUUUUAAGCUUGAGGUCAAAAACAAAAAAAAUUAAAAAAGAAUCCAAGUUUUAAAUUUUUUUAUAAAAAUAAAUGGUGCUGCUAAAAUUUUAAUCGAUCCUCAUAACCUUUUUUUUCUUCACAUAAAAUAUUAUGAUCAAUAACCUUCAGGGGAAAUACUGUUAAGCCAAAUGGAAGUUGCUUCAAAAUGUAGAUGGCAUGACAAGUUUCUGUUUACAAUUUCAGCUGAAAAAGAAUGUAAUGAGUGUUGACUUUCAUAUUGCCAACUACAAGAAAUAUGUACAGGAGCUGGAGAAAGAGGUACAGACAAUUUGAGACUUAUUAUAAAAUAGUGGGAAAAUUUCUUUCCUGUCUUGAGCGACCACAUUUAAUUUGGAAUUAAGACAGAAAAGUUAGUUCUACUGUCUUUUUAAAUCCUUUAUAAUAUCAUAAUUUUACUUUUGUUCGAGUGUUUAUUUUUUUCUGUCUGGGUGUGUGGCUAAAUCUUCGGACUGCUAAUUGACCCACUUCAGGUCAACAUAUCGAGCUGAAACUUGGCACAUACUCAUUGCAGAUGACAACACAUUCUAAUCAAAUUUUCAGCCCCAACUCCCAAAAAUCAGUUUUUCAAGGAGAAGUUGAUGGAAAUAUGAUGCCACUGAUUUCACAACAUAAAAUUUCAGAUAACCUCGCUAAAUGAAAUUCUUUUUAAAACAAUAUCGCAAGUGCAUUUCGUACAUUUUGUUUUCUUUUGCUUUUCUGAAAUAGUUGGUGUAAUGAUUUGUGGUGCAAAAGCGGAUGAGACAUAAGAUUGUUAAUAUAAAAUAAUAUAAUAAAAAAUGCAUAGAAAGGAUUUAAUUAGGGCCUGCUAUUUAAUUAGAUAAUUAUAAUUAAGCUCUGAACUUUACUUGGCAAUAAGGAAUCAGCUUAAUAAAAUAAUUUAAAAAAAUGUUUAAAAUUAAUUUUUAAAUCUCAUAUGUUUGCAUUUGAACUUGCUUAGAAUCAAGAGUUGAGGCGGGCCAAACAGAAACUAAUGGAG